GGGGGGAUUCCUUGCUGCCUGCAUAUCCCUCGGAAAACCGGAUGUCCGAGAGACCACCCUUGCCACACCCACUGUCUGGAGGCGCCCCUCUCCUGCGUCUUCCGAAGGCUGGGAUGCGAAGUGGGCGCGCACCCCUGGAUCUUCCUGCUGGUGCCCAUGGUGCUGAUGGCCGCUCUGGGCACCGGUUUGAUUUACCUGCCCAAGGAUGUAGAAGAAAACUUCGAGGAGCAAUUUCCUUUCCACCCAAUAGGGAGCCCGGCCAAGGCCGAGAGGCGCUUUGUGCAGAAACACUUCACCGCCAACGACUCUUACGGCUUCUCCAUCUCCAGGAAGAGCACCGAGGUCAAUUUCGCUUUUAUUCUAGCGGUCUCCAACACGACCUCCCUGCUAGAACCAGCAAUCUUAUCAGAAGUUAGUAAAGUGGAUGACGUGAUCCAGGAUCUGUAUGCGAUGGGGGAAAACGGAAUCCAGAUCCACUACAAUCAGGUGUGUGCCAAGCACCAGGGUCUCUGCGUGCCUUCCAACCCACUCCUGUAUGCCUGGCAGAUGAACAGGGACCUCGACCUGAGAAAUGUCACGUUCCCAAUCUACAACCACACCGGUCAGCCCAUCUACCUGCCUGGCACCAUUGGAGGAAUCUUCUCAGGCGAGAGGAUGGGAAUGAACCAGUUACUCCUCGAAGCCAAAGCCGUGAGGUUGCUCUACUACCUGAAAACUGAGGAUCGAGAGGACAACGAGCGUAGUAAAAUGAUCCAUUUCCUGAACCAAUUUAGCAACAUUGAAAAGCGUCUGGCCUUGAAGAGGAUCCAGGUAUCUGAUCUCAGAUCUUGUGUAUUCAGGAGGUUUAAACCUUGGGUUUCUGAAAGAAACUUUAGAAAGCGUGCCACAGAUUUGGUUUGUGACUCACACAAAUACCUUCUAAUCAUAUUAUUUGCAAUCAUAUCAUGCUACAGGUGUGACUGUGUACGAAACAAAAUGUGGGCUGCAACCUUUGGAAUGAUUUCUGCUGCCUUGGCAGUGGUGAACGGCUUUGGCCUGAUGUUGUACAUUGGGGUGCCAUUGGUGAUCAUAGUUGCAAAUUCACCAUUUCUUAUUCUAGGUGUUGGGGUUGAUGAUAUGUUUAUAAUGAUUUCUGCCUGGUAGAAGACCAGCCUCAUGGAUAAUAUCAAACAGCGGCUGUCCAGUGUCUAUUCCAAAGUGGCAGUCAUUACAAUCACCACUAUCGCCAAUGUCCUGGCCUUCUAUACAGGGAUGAUGACCUCUUUCAGGUUCGUACAAUACUUUUGCAUUUAUACCGGAACAACCCUGUUCUUUUGUUAUUUUUAUAACAUCACCUGUUUUGGAGCGUUUAUGGCCCUGGAUGGUAAAAGAGAAGUAGUCUGUCUACGCUGGUUGAAAAAGCCAGAAACUCCUGACCAAAAGUGUUCCUCAUUUAAAAAGUCCUGCUGUGUCCCAUGUGAUUCUCUCCCAGAUGAACAAGAAACUGAUGUCCAUCCAAUGAAUUUGUUCUUCAGAGACUAUUUUGGCCCUUUUCUCACAAGCACUGAGUCCAAGUUUUUUGUAGUGCUUCUAUACAUUUUGUACAUCAUUAGUAGUAUACAUGGGUGUUUCCAAGUGCAGGAAGCAUUAGACCUUCGAAAUUUGGCAAGUGACGAUUCCUACAUCACACCAUUUUUUAAUGUAGAAGAACAUUUUUCAGAUUAUGGCCCCAGGGUUAUGGUUAUUGUUACUGAAACUCUUGACUGGGAUAAAGAUGCUAGGCAAAGACUGGGAAAAUGUCUGGUAGAUUUGGAAAACAGGGACUAUGUAGAAAAAAAUGCUACAGAGUUUUGGUUACAAGAGUAUGUGCAAUAUAUGGAAAAUAGCGGGCAAGAUGUAAAUGAUAAGAAUACUUUUAUAAACAGUUUGCCCAGUUUUUUAACAAAUUUUCCACUUUUUAUGUAUGUUAAUAUUUCAUCUUCACAUGAAAUCAUUGCUUCCUGGGGCUUCAUUCAGACCAUCGGCGUUUCUUCUUCAACCAAUAAGAAGAUGAUGUUAUUCCAGUUACAAAGCAUACCCAAAAAGUGUGAAAUUCCCCUAAUGGUGUACAACCCGGCAUUCAUAUAUUUUGAUCAGUACACUGCAAUAUUAGAAAACACUGUUCGAAAUGUCAUUGUUGCAUCCUCAACAUGAACAUAGGUUCAUUGUUUCCUUAUUGCUAAUUCCUCACCCACUGUGUUCCUUGUGGGUAACUUUUGCUAUUGCUUCUGUGAUUGUGGGAGUAACAGGGUUCAUGGCAUUCUGGAAUGUCAAUCUUGAUUCCAUAUCCAUGAUUAAUCUUGUCAUUUGUAUAGGGUUUUCUGUCGAUUUUUCUGCACACAUUUCUUACACAUUUGUUUCC